AUCUCGUAACCGGUUAUCGCCGGUAACCAGUCAUAGGAUCCAGGCACCGACUGAAAAGAGAAGAACAUCCUUCUUCUUCAGAGACGCUUUCCCUCCGCAUUCCCUCCGUCUUCGCCCUGUUUGAGGGUCGCAUUGUUAGUACGCACUUGUGAGCUUCUGUCUCUGAUAAAACCCGUAUUUGGAAGUUGAGAAGCUUGUUUUCAGACGACACUUCUGCUUGUCUGUUGUUAUUCUUCAGCUUCCUUCUUUGUUUUCUUCCGAGUUCGAUGAAGGUUUUGGAAACCUAGGGUUUUCAACGAUUGUUAACUGAAACCGUAUGCAAGUAGGGCGAUUUCUUGGGAUUCGAGAUAAUGAGUGCUGUUAACAUUACCAACGUCACCGUCUUGGAUAAUCCAGCCCCAUUUUUGACCCCGUUUCAGUUCGAGAUUUCCUACGAGUGCUUGACGCCUCUCGAAGACGACUUGGAAUGGAAACUCAUCUAUGUAGGAUCUGCUGAGGACGAGACUUCUGAUCAAUUGUUGGAGAGUGUACUUGUUGGACCUGUUAAUGUUGGAAAUUAUCGUUUUGUAUUACAGGCAGAUCCACCAGAUCCAUCAAAGAUCUGUGAAGAAGAUAUUAUUGGUGUUACAGUGCUUCUUUUGACAUGCUCAUACCUUGGUCAGGAAUUUGUUCGAGUUGGCUAUUAUCUAAACAAUGAUUAUGAGGAUGAGCAGCUUCGAGAGGAACCUCCUCCCAAGGUCUUGAUUCAUAGGAUUCAAAGAAAUAUUUUAUCAGACAAACCAAGGGUCACAAAGUUUCCAAUUAACUUCCAUCCCGAGAAUGAUGAAAGUGCUGGAGAAACUCACCAAGUCGAGCAGGCUGAGGAUAUUGAUCGGGAGGAAGAACCAGGGGUUUCACCAGAACCAAGUCAUCCUCCAAACAGACAGGAGCCUUAGCUUUUGUCACUCUGUAGUGACCAAAAUUCCAGUAUCUCCAUAUUGUACUCCAUUAGUGACAUUUUUGCCUGAAAUAUCACGGGGACUUCAGACUUGACCAUGGUUAAUGUUGUGUUUGCAAUGAUGUAAUAUAGAAAGUUCGAGGGAGUGUAGGUAGACAGUGACUGAGCGAAUGUCUGUAAACCCAGUUCUCCAACAAAUACAUCAUGCAUUUCAAAUUCGAUCUUGAAAGUUUGUAAUGGUGCGAAAA